AUGGCCUCGUCUGGGAAUGAGGUAGAGAGAUGGACCCACAGGCAGGGUGGCAGAGCUGGGGAGCUGGCAGAGCCUGUGACCUCUGCUGAAGCUGGUAGUGGUUUUUCCCCAGUGAAGCUGCUGGGCAGCACAGAUCAUCUCUUGCACCUCCCUGGAAGGGCAGACUCUGCUUACAGCUCUUUCUCGGGGGGAUCGAACGUUCCGGAGUAUCCCAGCCCCUUGUGCUGUGCUGAGAACUGCAGUUUGGCCCCCGAGCAGGGACCAUACAUGGACUCUGAGUAUGUCAGAGGGAUUUAUCAUCUCAGUGCAGCAAACUCUGACCUCAGGUGCCUGCACCCAGACAAGGCACCAGGGCUGAGCACCCACACUCGUGCUCUCAGCAGGGGUCUCACUGGGUGCUGUGGGAGCCCUCCUGCCCCAGGGACCUUCAGCCAGGGCCCCCUGGCCCAGGCUGCACCUCCUCCUUCUCCUCCCACACGACUUGACAGCUAUAAAGUCACAAGACACCUUGAGAACUCCAGAGGGAGAUGUAACUCAGGAAGUCCCAGCAAGUGUGGUGUGCAGCCAGCUCCUUGUGGGCAGGACAACCACAGGGAAGUGUCCUGGAGCCAACACAGGGAUGAAAUCACUGAGCAGGAGAGAGUGGCUACUGGGAGAAAUGCUCUGGAAAACAGGAGCAUUUCUUCUGAUUCUACAGAUGAGGUAUUUGUAUCAAAAACUCAGGGGUUAAAGACAGAGGAAUGUGGAGACUGGAGCCCAUCCCAACAGCCAAUAUGGAGAAACAAUCCACACAUUUUCAGCAGACCUUCUUCUUAUAUUUUUCAGGAGUAUUUAAAGACUGGCUCUGUGGCUAAUGCCCCUAAAAUGUCCCUUUCUGCUUAUAAUUCAGUUCAUGCUUCUAAGAUUGCCGAAGAGAUGAAGUCCAGGUCCCAUCACCCAGGGCACACCUGCCCCAGCACUGUUAAUGAUACACAAGAAGACAAACAGUCUCCCUGCAGUGCAGCCUCCAGGGACAUGGACCUGCCAGGACCCAGCCAGCAGUGCCAACCCUGUGCUGAGUUGUGUUCAGACUUGGAUCAAGAUGUGUUUGUGGACAGUUGUGACUUAAAAUGUAUGGGCAAUGCUCUUCUGAUGCAAAACCCUUCCAGGAAGCUGAGCAGUCGUGCAGAUGAAGACCAGUGCUAUGGCUCUGAAGGAGGAACUGGGAGUGGUGCUGGAGAGCUGCUCCUGGGCCAGGAAGCCAAGGUGCAGGGACAAUCACUGUCCUGCAGCUGUUGCUCUGGCAACACUCCCCAGGGGGCUGCUUUCAGACCAAAGGAACAUUCCAGAGCUCAGUUUUUACAUGAAGUCAAGAAAGAACAAGGGGCUCAGAGCAGCAGCCCUGACCCUUGCAUGAUUCUAGAAAAAGCACCUCUUGUUCAGAAAUACCAACCAGAAUUUCCAAACCAACUCAUAAAACUGCCUCGGGAUGACCUGGCUAGUGAGGAAAUCACCAGGCAGACAACCCCCAUGCUUUACUACCUUUCUGGGGGGAAAACCACCAGCAUCCUGCACCACCACAAGCUGACCCCGUGUAAGAAGGACUCCAGGAGCUCACCAAAGGAAUUUCCAGCAGGCAGCUGCUCUGCCCCAGCACGGUGUCUGGAGAUGCAAAGGGAAAGUCAUCAGCUUCAAAGGACCAACCACCACCAGUGCAGGACUGGUGAUCUGCUUGAGACCAAAGGCCUCUUUCCUGGGAGUCCUGCUUCAUCCAUGGAUGAGAGUUUCAAGAAUGACUACAGAGAGAAACUUAAAGUGGCUCAGAAAAAGGUUCUGAGAGAAACCUCCUUUAAAAGAAAAGACUUACAGAUGAGUUUGCCUGUCAGGCUCAGACAGAAACCCUCUAAAAGGCCUUCAAUUGAACACCUUAGGUCUUUCUCAUUGUCCAGUGCAAGUGAGGAUGCCCAAGCUGUUCCUUGCUCCCCUUCUCAUCUGGAAUCCCUGGGAAGUUUCUAUAGAGAAGAAGAAAUGAAGAGGCCACAAGCAGGUCGGACAGGGGGAAGGAGGAGGGUGCCAAAGGAGCAAAAGCAGCUGUGUUAUUCUGAACCUGAGAAACUCGACCAGCUGGCAGAUAAGGAAGUGUCAUGGAGUCAAGUCAGGGAUGAAAUCACUGAGCAAGAUAUAGCAGCAGCCAGGAGGAGGGCUCUGGAAAACAGAGGGAGGGCCCUUUCCAGUUCAGGUAUCUCCAGGACGGAGCUGAAACAAAUCCAGCAAACGGCCCUUCGGGAAUACGUGGAGCGGAAGGUCCAGCAGCGCCCGGGCACUUGGCAGCACCUCCUGCUGCAGAAGCCACCCCUGCAGAAGAGGCUCUUGCAAUCCAGGUGGCCUCCUGGCAAACUCUCCAAUCCAAACGGGAGCAGGAAGGUGCAAAACAAUGAGAUUUUCUGCCAAGUUUUCUCUGAAGAAGAACCUGCAGGGGAUUUUCCUCCGCUGGCUUUUGCUGCCCCGCUGAGCAGAAGUGGAACCAAGGAGGAUGCUCAGGUGGAGGAGGAAAGCAGAACUAAUUCUCCAAACAGCAACACUUCACUAAGGUGUGGAGAGCAGCAGCCUGCAGCUCCUCAGGAGACAGUAAAGUACAGCCACACCAGGCAAGCUCUGCCUCCCCAAGGUGACAGAGAUACAGCCAAAGGGUCAGCUGUGGAGGACACCUCUGUGCACAACAGCCAAGGUGAAGUUCUCCCUGAGACAGAGGUGGAUGUGCCCAAAAGCAGACUGCAGGCUCCUGAAGACCAAUGGUACCAAGAACUUGCUCUGGAGAUCAUUGCCAAAGACAGUUCUCUGGUUGAUAUUCUCAUGCCUUACCCUGUUAGAAAAACUGUUCUGGACCUGAUGGAGGGUCUGUUUCCUGUCAGUGUUUCCAUGCUGGAUAGAUCACACAGGACCAAGGGGGAUGUACAGCAUGUACAGGCCAACCACUGCCAGCCCCACGAGCUCGAGCGCUACCUCAUGUUCAUCGGGGACCUGGAGAAGGUGGUGAACCUCCUGCUCUGCCUGUCCAGCCGCCUCGCCCGCGUCCAGAACGCCCUGAGGAGGGUGGACGGCAACACGGACGCCGAGGAGAAGCAAUCGCUGAACGAGCGGCACAAGCUCCUGUCGAGGCAGCGCGAAGACGCGAAAGACCUGAAAGAGAAUCUGGAUCGUAGGGGAAGAGUCGUCUCUGGCAUCCUGGCCAAGUACCUGACUGAGCAGCAGCUCCAGGACUACCAACACUUUGUCCAAGUCAAGACCUCCUUGCUGAUCGAGCAGAAGGACCUCGAGGAGCAGAUUAAAUUUUUUGAAGAACAAUUAGAAAGUCUGGAAAGCAGCAUUCCCCUCUAG